CUUCUACUCCGUUCAAGUGUCAAAGGGAUUUCGUGUCAUCUCACUCAACACCAACCUUUGCUACGUUUAUAACUGGUGGCUCCUGUACAAUUCAACUGACCCCAACGGCCAGCUGCAGUGGUUAGCCACAGAGCUCCAUCGGGCCGAAGCAUCCGAAGAAAAGGUCUACAUCAUAGGUCACGUGGCUCCUGUGAAGAUUGAGUGCAUUCCAGUCUGGGCGGACAACUUCCGACGCAUUGUGAACCGGUACGAGUCGACUAUCGUGGCUCAGUUCUACGGUCAUACACACGUAGACCAGUUCUACUUGUUCUACAGCGACAGAUACGCCGAAGGAAAGAUGCGACCAACAAAUGUCGCCUAUCUGGCGCCAAGUGUAACAACGUUCGUCUUCAGCAACCCUGCAUAUCGAAUCUAUACCGUGGAUGGUGGACGACACCGCAGCAAUGCGCCUUGGACAAUUGAAGACCAUGAAACUUUUGUUAUGGACCUGGAGGAGUCAAACAAAAAGGACAUGCCCAGAUGGCAACUCGAAUACAGCGCGAAGCAUCACUAUGGACUUCAGUCGUUGUCGCCACAGCAAUGGCACAGUCUGGCGGAGAAGUUCCGAACGAACGAAACAUUAUUUCGAGAAUAUCACCGGUUCAUGCACAAGAUGAUUGAGCCUCACCGAUGUGACAAGGAGUGCAAGGCCAGAGAGAUAUGCUACAUAGAAGCUGCCACGACAACUGGCAUUAGACAAUGCAUGAUAGGCCUAGGAUAUCAUCCCGCUUAAGGCAUCUGUGACAUAUACGUUGGUGUAUAUUUGUUAUGCUAAGAGCGGUGGUACGAUCCCAAGCGGCUAAUUGGCAAACCUACCACACAAAGUCUAUUAUAGCAUUCUGAAUAUCACAUGACGUAUGUGUAUCACAUUGGCUUACGUUAACACACAUUUCCUAUUUUUUGUUUGCAAACAUCAGCGAGCAGAAUACAAAGCAAUAACGCGCAGGUACGCUUAGAUAGGCGUAGUCUACCUUGUUUCUCUAGUUGUCCCAGAAAGCCGGAAGAAAGGAGAUAUGCGGUUAAACACAUGAGGAAUGUGCAAUAAAAUUACAGAGCUUGUAAUACAAUAAAAACACAAACCGAGCCAAAUCCUACAUAAUAACGAGCAUUGUAAUUUCCAAGUUAGGAAAAUGCAUCAAAUGGUGGAUAUGAACACGUCAUAUCUCACUAGGUGCAAGUCUGCAAAAUUCCGGCGGUGCUUUGUUACUCAGGUCUACUCACGUCUUACAAGUGAAUAUCAGCAGUGCAUUUUAGGCAAAUAUCCUGCAAUUAAGAGCGCACCAAAAUCAUUUGAAUGUUCGAAACCUGGUUAACAAAUAACGGAGUAACACCACGAAAAUUUUGUUUCCCACCAAAGUGUUGCACACAUAUUUUAUGAAUGUAAGUCUCAUGUCUUUGUUUGCUUCAGGUAUUGCUUGACGAAAUUUGUUCUCCAUUACAUUUUCAACAUGAUACUUGUAUCAAUUUUUUAUCGCAGUUAAUAGUAAAAAAACUAUCAAAUAACAAUGUGCGCUGGUGCAGAACACAAGCCAAAUUCUACUAGAUUUAUGCCUAGGCUUAGAUAUAAUAAAAGAGAAGAAAUUAUCGAAAUUUAGGGGCCCCUACUUUAUCAGGAAAACGGGGACAAGCGAAAUACCAAAGCUGAUGAGGGCUAGUUGAUUCAUAUUUAGAGCAAAUGAUGUUAGCAGCGCGAUUAGGACAAAAAAAUAAAGGAACGAAGAGCACGGGACAAGUGCUGUCUGCCAACUGAGUGUUUAUUACAAAAAACAGCCUUGUAUGCAGUCUCAGAAGUAUAUCAUGCGCACAUCAAACACGCGCUGAACAUGUACAUUCACAAUCUUUCGUUCAAACAUUUUGUUUCUCUCUUCGAUAGCAAAAGAGAGGGUGAACGGACACAACUGCCACGUUCCUUACGGAUCCAAAAGGCCUCUGAAAUGUCUCUUUCGUUAGCUUUUCCCUUUCUAAUAAACUUCGUUCUUUCUAACA